ACUGUUCAAAAUGGCAAACUCUCACGAGCAGAGCAGAUAUGAGAAUUAGUCAACAGUGAACUCACCGUACACCAUUAUGAGCGAAUCAAGAGGGAAGGGAAAGUUUGUCCGUUACUACUGCACCGCCGGUAAUGGAAUGGAACCCUUUUUAACCGACGAAGUGAAAAGGAAGCUGGCAGCUGAAAAUGUGUGUCAGAUGCCAGGCAAAGUGUUGUUCAGCUCCACUGAAACAAUCGACAAAAUCAUUGAGCUAAAGGCUGCAGAGAGACUCUUCCUCCUGUUGAAACACGACUCACCGGUGAGACUUCCUGCCCACACUAGCCCAGGAAAGGCAGCCUCUGUCCUGCAGUCCGCACUGUUCGGUGACAGGAACCAAUGGACCAGUGCUGUAAUGACAUGGAGCCGCCUAAAGGGGGAGCUAGCUGACAAACAAAUUACUGUUGAUGCGUCAAGCCUUGUGAGGGAUGAGAUCAGUGAGAGGGAGGAGAGGAGGGGGAGUGCAAAACAGAUGGGAGAGGAGGAGAGGGCCCAUGUGGAGACUGGAAAGAGUGCAGGAGAGCAGAGGGAGGAGGAAAGUAAGACCAGGAGGCUGAAGAGUGCUGACGUAAGAGAAGCACACACUCUGGAAAAGAAGAGAAAAAAAGAGAUGGUACAAAGAGUGGACGAGUUCAGCAGUGAUGAAGAUAAAGGCCAAGUACUGAAGAAAAAGAUGAAGAUGGUUGGUGACGUCACUGAGGAUAAUGAGGAACAUGCGAAAACCAACAGGGUAGAAGACAAGGCACUACUGCAACCCAGCAAGAUCAAACCAGGCUUUACGUCCUCUGAUCCAGUGACCUUCAGGAUCAGCUGCAAGUGUACCGGAUCUCUGUCACGAUGCUUCAGCAGCACACAGGAGGUGAAUAAAGUGAUUGGUCUGGGCUUGGGCAGACUGCUGGGCUGGAAGACUGAUCUGAAAAAUCCACAACUGGAGGUAAGUGUUUAUUUGAGUGACGACCACUGUCUGCUGGGGAUCCCACUGACCAGGUUGCCUCUGGCUAACCGGAGCUACAUUAAAACCACAGGACUGAGGGCGACAGUAGCCUGGGCUAUGGCCUCACUGGCUCAGAUACAGCCAGGUUUCUGUGUAGUCGACCCCAUGUGUGGGGUGGGAACCAUCUUAAUGGAAGCAGCACAGGAAAACAAGGGUGCCUGUUUCCUGGGAGUGGACAUUGAUGACAGACAGCUGCAGAAGGCCAGUGAGAACUUAAAGUUUGCAGAGGUGGGAAACAGGAUUCACCUGCUGAAAGCUUCAUCCAUGAUGCUGCCUCUGCCCAGCGCUAGUGUAGAUGCUGUGGUCUGUGACUUACCGUUUGGCAGGAAGUUUGGCAACAAAGCAAACAUGGCUGCCAACCUGCCAGUCAUUGUGACUGAAAUGGAGAGAGUCCUCUGUGUUGGUGGUACCUUGGUUCUCCUCCUCAGUCCUCAGUUGUCCUUUGUCCUGAAAAAACUCCUGGCACAAAAACAAGACACUGGACCAACAUCUAACCUGGGAACAAAGGAUGAAACUGGAAUACAAGACUGCAUGUCUCCUUCUCUGUCUUCCAAAAAGCAGCAGACUGUCCAAAUCCACCAGGGGGUCAAAUCCUCACCUACCCAGGAAACAGACACUGAAACUGGGCUACACCUGCGUCUGCCUCCAGCCAUCUCCUCUCUGAAGCACCAGGCAACACUGAGAGUUAGCUUAGGCGCAAUAGAUGGACUUAUCCAUAAAUAUGUUAAGUCAGAUGUUCGAUGAGUGUUGUUGAGUCAAAAGUCAAAGUCAUUCUUUAUAACUAAGAGAACACUGUAUUAUAACUGCUUUUAACACCUUUUUACAUUUACCUAUACAUUUUUUUUUACCAAAUAUAUAUAUAACCCAAAUUUGUGUGUUACUAUAAAAACUUGUAUUUAAAUGAAUACCCGGUAAUUGUUGGAAUUUUUGACUAGUUGUUGGAAUGCUUUACCACUUGCAUUGCGUAACAUGUGUCCACUCUUUUAAAAAGCAGCUGAAGACCUAGCUUUAUAAACAAGCUUUUAAUUGAAUGAGGGUUUUAAAUGAUUGUCUGUGUUUAUGUUUUAUGUAGUAAAUUAUCUUUCGUA